UGGCGCUUAUAAAGACACCGACGGUUCCCCCGCAAAAAUCACCCCAAAGAAAAAGGAAAGAAACCAGAUUGAUAUUUCUGUUGAUUUCCGCCAUGAUCGCUUCGACUGUUCCUUCUUCUUCAAAAUCUUCAAUCAACCUCCCAACCUACGCCACCCCUUUCAAAUCUUCAUUCCUACCUUCCUCAUUUUCAAUUCCCCCAAGAUUUUCUCCUUCAACUCCUCGAUUUCAAUAUCUAACUAUCACCAAUGUUCUUAAAACCGCAGAUUCCCCAAAUCUCUCCUCAACCGCCUCAAAUCUCGAUUCCAUUUUCUCCAAUUCCAAACCGACCAUCCUUGUCUCAGAAAAACUUGGAGAUGCAGGUCUCGAUCUUCUCAAAAGCUUCGCCAACGUUGAUUGCUCCUACAACCUCUCUCCGGACGAUUUGUGUUCCAAGAUCUCCAUGUGCGAUGCCUUGAUCGUCAGAAGUGGUACAAAAGUUAACCGUCAGGUUUUUGAAGCCGCUAAAGGUCGAUUGAAGGUCGUUGGAAGAGCUGGCGUAGGUAUUGACAAUGUAGAUCUACAAGCCGCCACUGAAUUUGGAUGCCUUGUUGUUAAUGCUCCUACUGCCAACACUAUUGCUGCUGCCGAACACGCCAUUGCUUUGUUGUCUUCUAUGGCUCGUAAUGUCGCACAGGCUGAUGCCUCCAUGAAAGCUGGCAAAUGGCAGCGUAACAAGUACGUCGGAGUUUCCAUGGUGGGGAAGACAUUAGCGAUCAUGGGAUUCGGGAAGGUCGGAUCUGAGGUUGCUAGACGUGCAAAAGGCCUAGGCAUGCAUGUGGUUGCACACGAUCCAUACGCACCAGCAGACAGAGCCCGUGCCAUUGGUGUCGAACUCAUCUCUUUCGAUCAUGCCAUUUCAACUGCAGAUUUCAUCUCACUCCAUAUGCCACUCACUCCAACAACUUCAAAAGUUUUCAACGAUGAAACCUUUUCAAAGAUGAAAAAAGGAGUCCGAAUCAUCAAUGUUGCUCGUGGUGGAGUCAUUGAUGAAGACGCCUUACUGAAAGCCCUUGAUUCUGGAGUCGUUGCACAGGCAGCCUUAGAUGUGUUCACUGAAGAGCCACCCAAAGAUAGUAAAUUAGUCCACCAUGAAAACGUCACUGCAACACCUCAUCUUGGAGCUAGCACAAAAGAGGCACAAGAAGGUGUAGCUGUUGAAAUAGCAGAAGCUGUAGUUGGAGCCUUACAAGGAGAACUCUCUGCAACGGCCGUUAAUGCUCCAAUGGUAGCCCCCGAGGUUUUAUCUGAGCUGGCACCUUACGUGGCACUAGCUGAGAAGCUGGGAAGACUAGCUGUACAGUUGGUUGCUGGAGGAAGUGGGAUUAAGUCUGUAAAGGUGGUGUACAGGUCAGCACGUGAUCCUGAUGACCUGGACACAAGACUUGUAAGGGCUAUGAUUGUAAAAGGCAUCAUAGAACCAAUCUCUGAUUCCAUAAUCAACCUUGUUAAUGCUGACUUCAUAGCUAAACAGAAAGGUUUACGGAUUUCUGAAGAACGGGUGUUUGCCAACUCAUCGCCAGGGUGUCCAUUUGAUUCCAUUCAAGUUCAGAUAAGCAAUGUGAAAUCGAAAUUUGCAAGUGCUUUGAGUGAUAAUGAUGAGAUUAGUGUUGAAGGGGGAGUGAAAUAUGGGAAACCUCAUUUGACACGUGUGGGGUCGUUUGAUGUGGAUGUGAGUCUUGAAGGGAACUUGAUAUUGUGUCGCCAGGUGGACCAACCAGGGAUGAUUGGAAUGGUUGGGGGUAUUCUUGGAAUGAAUAAUGUGAAUGUGAGUUUCAUGAGUGUUGGAAGGACUUUUAGGGGGAAGAAGGCUAUUAUGGCGAUUGGUGUUGAUGAAGAACCGGACAAAAGUACCCUCAAGAAAAUAGGUGAUGUGCCAGCUGUUGAAGAGUUUGUGUUUCUUGGCUUAUAAUAAGGUCUUAUAGUGUUGUGAUGAUAGGGGCAAGUUAAGAGAUUAGUACAAAGUACAAUCCUCACAAUGAAGAGUUUGAGGUCAUGUGAUGUUGUGGUGUUUGUAAUCUAUUUAUAAAUUCUAGCUCCAGGAAAAGGAGCACCUGAAUGAGAAUGAUGUAUGC